GCCCUGAGGCCAUGAUAAAGAAAAUUUCUGCAAGAAAACAAUUCAUUUCAUAUCUUUGCCGUAACUUUUGCUUGUUCAGACCAUGUAACAAGAUUAUUAGAAAUUGAACACAUGAUAAUUUUGAUAUGAUAGCCUUUUGACUUUAGUCAGAUCUGUAUAAGAGUAUAAGUGGAAAAUUUUGAUGAAACAGAAACAUUCUUUAACCGGACUGAUGGAAAUUAUUUUGACCGUAUUCAUGAGAAUAUCAAGAAUCGAAUUAUUAGUAACCUUAGAAUCUGAUUUCAACAGUAAUGAAAUAUUCUAGUACACACAUAACGAAACAUUGAUGGAGAUUGAAUUUCAAUGAGAACAGUUAACCUAGUUUUCUAGAUUUAAUAACAAAAAAUGGAUGAGCCAGCUUAUGAAAAACUCUCUAUCCGGGAAUCGGCUAGAUCUCUGAAAAAAUAUGGCAGCACUAGUAGUAAACUUGCUACUAAAAGUGAGAACUAUAUUAAACACUAUGUAUGUAACUCAGAUACUUUACAGGGUAUCGCACUGAAGUAUGAUGUUUCUAUUGAACAGAUACGUAGAGCCAAUAGACUGUGGACUUCUGACAGUUUAUUCCUCAAAGAAUUCCUUUUAAUUCCAGUACCCUUAGAUAUUUCAAUGAGUGCUGCUUCAACUUCUACAAGUUCAACUCCUGUGUCAAGUCCAAUGCAGUCACAGCCAAGCUAUGAGGAUGAAGAAAGUAUAGACAAAUUUUUAGGAAAAAUUGACGCCUCUAUAGCUACCACCAAGGAGGAAGUGAAAAAAACUCAGAGUAAUAGUGAGUUUGCAUCAGAUCUCUCAUUAGAAAUAGACAGGAGAAAACCAGUUGUAUCUCGAAUGAAGCAAAUGGUAAAUAAUAAUGGUAUUGGUGAUUUCUUGCCACCACCACCUCAAACGGUAGUAAUUGCCCAGGGAAAACAAGUAAAGACUUCCAUAAGGCGCACUGAACAAAAACCAGAUGAAUUUUUUGAAUUGUAGCCACUAACUGUACUUUAAAAUAUGUGAUAUUCUUUGUUCAUUGUUCUACAUUUAAAUAUUAAUGCUGUUUAGUUAAGUCUAUGAAAUAUAUUUUUUGGAUUAGUGAAAUUUUCUGCCUUGUUUCUUGUUUUUUCAAAUAUUGUUUCGUCAUUCGCAUUUUUAUUGAUACAUUGUAAAUAUUAUACAUAUAUCAGAGUGUAUAUUAAACACAUGUUAUUUCUA